AUGUUCACCUCGUCUGACCCGAACUUAACUGAUUUGGAUUUCGAGCUUGUUGACGAAUUACGACGAAAUCAAUUUCUAAAAGAAUCAAUGAUUAAAGACUUACUAUCAACAUCAUCACCAUCAUCAUCACCCUAUCGGAUUGUCAAACCGAUAAGCACAAAUAAACGUAGCGGAACAGUUCAAUUACGCAGGCAAUUAACUGAUGAUAGCUUUAACAAGCAACGUACACCACCUAAUUCAACUGGUACAAGUAUAUCACCAAUAUCAAGUUCAUUGAUAAGUCGACUAUCAUCUUCGAAUGACAAUAGUCCAAUACGAACAACGAAUACUAUACGUGUUUCAUCGCCAGUAUCGAAUAAUACUAUUAUUAACAACAACGGACAAUCAACAUCAGCAAAACAAGUCGAUGCAGUUACAUUAUUACUUAAACAGACUAUUGCACCUGCACAACUUAUACAGACUGUUCAAACUCGUCUUGAAAAUCCGACAAGAUAUCAUCUUGAACAAAUGUGUCGUAAACAAAGUAUAGUUGAUGACGUACCAACUUCAACACAUACAAUUGCUUCAUCUCAACCACUUCAACAAGAAGAAUCAUCACCAGACAGUGAAAUUACAUCGGAAAUGGACGAUCAACUUAAUGAUGACACAACGUGUGGAAGUAUUGAUAGUGCCUCGCGUGGAAUUAGUAUAACGCCACGAUUGUCAACAACAAUGACCGGUGAUCAUCCUGAUUCAAUAUUUCUCUCAUCGUCGAUUUCAAAAGAUUCUAUGGAUAGUAUGAGUCGUCAUUCAUCAUCUUGUCCGACAAAUAUUUUAAGUGCAAAAGCAAAAAUUGGCCUACCACUAACCGACGAUGAAAUGCGUCUUGUCUUACGUGAUCGUCAAAAAAAAGAUAAUCAUAAUAUGAUUGAACGUCGCCGUCGAUUUAACAUCAAUGAUCGUAUUAAAGAACUUGGAACAUUAUUACCCAAAGGAACAGAUUUAGACCUGAAACAAAACAAAGGAACAAUAUUACGUGCUUCAGUUGAUUAUAUCAAAAUAUUACGGCGUCAAUACAAUAAUAUCUCGUUAGUAGAAGAGAAAUGUCAAAUGCUUUCAGAACAAAAUUUAUCAUUACAAGAACGAGUUCGCGAAUUAGAAAGACGAUGUUUAUUAAAUGGUGUUUCAGUUAAUUCACCAACAAAAAGUUCACCAGUAAUAGCUGUUCAAACAUCAAAUAUAGUUAAACAAGAACCUUCGUCAUUAUCAUCAUCAAUAAAUAAUUCAACAAAUCCAUUAGUACCACCAUCAACACCAAUAUUCGCAACUAUCGAUUCAUUUCCAAUGCUUGAUUCACUAGCGGCAUAUGGUAUUGUUGAUGAUGAUAGUAAUGAUAAAACAAAUGUCAAUGGAAAUACAAAUAAUAAUAAUGUUGAUCCAUUAUCCCCACUUUCUCACGAUCCAUUUUUAUCGUCUACAUCGUUUAGUUUCGAUAAUGAAAUGGAUAUCGGAGGAGUUUUCCCCUGA